UGCGGGAGGCAGUGGUAAAGGGAGGUGGCGGCAGCGGCUAGCGGACUCGAGUCACAACCAGGCCGAGGCAGACACCUCUGUGAAGCGAGGCAGUAGGAGCACCGAGCACCGGAGGCGGCACCGGGAUCCCCGGCUCGGGGGAGGGGGGCGCCGGACCGGGAGGAGGGGAGGGGGCGAUGCUGGAAGCCAUGGCGGAGCCCAGUCCCGAAGAUCCACCUCCGACCCUUAAGCCGGAGACUCAGCCACCAGAGAAACGUCGGAGAACAAUUGAGGAUUUCAACAAAUUCUGCAGUUUUGUCUUGGCUUAUGCUGGUUACAUCCCCCCAAGCAAAGAGGAAAGCGACUGGCCAGCCUCUGGCUCCAGCUCUCCAUUGCGAGGCGAGAGUGCGGCAGACAGCGAUGGCUGGGACUCAGCUCCCUCAGAUCUCAGAACCAUCCAGACCUUUGUUAAGAAAGCAAAGUCAUCCAAGAGAAGGGCGGCUCAAGCAGGUCCCACCCAGACCGGACCCCCAAGGUCCGCUUUCCCUCGUCUGCAGGCCCCUGACAGUGCCACCCUGCUUGAGAAGAUGAAACUCAAGGAUUCGCUCUUUGAUCUAGAUGGGCCCAAAAUGGCAUCUCCACUGUCCCCCACAUCCCUGACACAUGCCCCUCGGCCCCCUGCUGCUCUCACCCCGGUGCCCCUUUCCCAGGGGGACCUCUCCCAGCCUUCUCGAAAGAAGGACCGAAAGAACCGAAAGUUGGGGCCAGGAGGCGGGGCGGGCUUUGGGGUGCUUCGGAGGCCUCGGCCAGCCCCUGGGGAUGGGGAGAAGAGGUCUCGAAUCAAGAAGAGCAAGAAGCGGAAGUUGAAAAAGGCAGAGCGGGGAGAUAGACUCCCACCUCCUGGGCCUCCCCGGGCACCUCCCAGUGAUACAGACUCUGAAGAGGAGGAGGAAGAGGAGGAGGAGGAGGAGGAGGAAGAGAUGGGAGCAAUGGUAGUGGGGGAAGCCCCAGCCCCUGUGCUGCCAGCACCUCCUGAGGCUCCUAGGCCCCCUGCGCCAGUGCACCCGGAAGGAGCCCCUCCCGCUGACAGUGAAAGCAAGGAGGUGGGCAGCACUGAGACAAGCCAAGAUGGAGAUGCCAGCUCCAGCGAAGGCGAGAUGCGGGUCAUGGAUGAGGACAUCAUGGUAGAAUCAGGUGAUGACUCAUGGGAUCUGAUUACGUGUUACUGCCGAAAGCCCUUUGCGGGCCGGCCCAUGAUUGAGUGCAGCCUGUGUGGGACGUGGAUCCACCUCUCCUGUGCGAAGAUUAAGAAGACCAAUGUCCCUGACUUCUUUUAUUGCCAGAAAUGCAAGGAACUGCGGCCAGAGGCCCGGCGGUUAGGGGGGCCUCCGAAGUCUGGAGAGCCCUGACAUUUGCCAUGUCUAGGCUGGAACUUCAAAUGGCAACAUGACUGGGAAACUGAGCCUCAGGGUCCUUGAGAUAUCCCCUGGAGCUUGGAUGUCCCAUUUCAAAGCCGAAAUUUCCAAGGGAGACUGGUUUGGAAAUGAGUCAUGUUCCUGUCCUACCCUUCCUUCCCACGUUGUGGACUUGAACUUAGACCCAUUGCAGUUGGUGGGAAGCUGGCUGGGUCCCUAGACACUUAAGUUCUGUCCCUUGGACCUGCCUGUGACCGAUCACUUUCUGGGCAGGGUUGGAAUUGGGAUGGAAUGGGACAGUUGUCUAUAAAACUCUAGUGUAAAUACAGCAUUCCCCUCCCUCAUCUUUCUCACUCCCCAUUUAUUCUACACCGGUUGUGUUUUUAAUUUUGGACUUCCCCUUUUGAGCAUGGAAGCUCAGAGGUGGGGUACCAGCCAGAGCUUGGCCGAGUGAGGAAGGAAAACAGGUGACGAUUCUCUAACUCACCUUUUUUGUUUUUCAUAAUAUCGGCCAGCUGUUUGUACAGACAGCCUGUGAGUUGUAAAUAAAGCAGAGUGGGCUCUUUUGUGUUCAUA